AUGUACGUCCUCGUACUAGGCGCGCUGACGCUAUUCGCGCUGGUGUACUACCUGGUAGUGCCUGUGAUCACAUACUUCUAUGAUCCAAAGAACCUAAGGAAGUUUCCGAAUGCUUACGUCUUGUCUGGGGUAUCGGAUUUGCCCUUCCUUUAUGAAGCAAACAAAGGAUUUCGCUCUCGGACACUCUUCGAGGCUCACACGAAACAUCCUGUUCUGCGAAUCGGACCCAACGCACUGUCUUACUCCGACCCACAAGCCAUCAAAGACAUCUAUGGCCACGGUACAGGAUGUAUCAAAGACCGAUUUUACUCCGAGACCUCAGGCUCGCACUCGCAUCUCGCAGAUGUCGUCGACAAGCAAGAUCAUUCCCGAAAGAGAAAGAUCUUGUCUAGCGCUUAUGCGCUCAAAAACCUGGAGGAUUGGGAGUUUAAGGUGGCAGAGGUGAGCGGUAAACUCAUCAAAGCAUUUGAUGCCCGGUGUACCGAUCCGUUGCCUCCAAAUCAGCUUCCCCGGAAAGAACACCUGACUGUCGACUACCGCAACUGGACUGUGUUGUUCACGGCCGCGGCCAUUGCGAGCAUUGGGCUCAGUGAAGACCUAGGAUUUCUAGACGAGGGAUCCGACAAGGUGAAAUCUGAGAAGAAAGACGGGACCGUCAAAGAGGUCUCGUUCCGGGAAUGCCAUGCUGCUACAGGUCGAGUCUCGUACCAGCUGGUCUGGGCCUAUGAUUGGUUUAAGACCUUCUCCCGAGUGAGUAAGAUGGUGUCGUCGAACUAUGACCGCAUGUGGAAACUGGAUGACGAUUGGAACGGCAUCAUCUAUAACCGUGCGACUACACGCCUGAAGCGAUACCUGGCAGGCGAGACGUUGGAUGACUUCUUUGGCGCGAUGAUGCAGGACAAGAGCGGGUCGCCUCAUAAUAUGGAAUGGGGCGAAAUUGUCGCUGAGAUCAGCAUCAUGAUGAAUGCUGGCCAUGACACAACAGCAAUCUCACUCCGGAACACCCUCUUCUUUCUGCUAAAGAACCCGAAGUGUAUGAAACAGGUCCGGGAAGAGCUAGACGAUGUCAUGGAUGAGGAUGAGGUCAUCGCGCCCUAUGCCAAGGUCAAAAACUUGCCUUAUCUUCGAGCUUGCAUAGACGAGAGCUUGCGCAUGCUCCCUCCUGUGAUCUUCGGACUUCCUCGCCGGACGCCUGCCCAGGGAGCUCCAAUUCUCGAUGAUUAUAUUGCUGGUGACACUUCUGUCAGCAUGUCAGCUUACGUCGUUCAUCACCAAGAGACUAUCUUCCGCGACCACGACGCCUACAAGCCGGAGCGAUGGCUGGGAGAUGAAGGCAAAGCAUUGCAGCCUUUUUUCGUUCCGUUCAGUACUGGAGCGAGAGGAUGUAUCGGUCGCAAUAUUAGCUACCUUGAGCAGACUGUCCUGCUUGCUUCUCUAGUCCAUCGUUUUGAGUUUGCUUUGCCAUCACCAGAUUGGGAUCCUCCCAUCCCGGAGACUACCAAUCUGAGUCCUGGUCCGAUGCCAUUGAAGAUUUGGAGGAGGGAGUUGGAUUAG